GCGAAAGUUUCAAUAUGGAUAUCACAAACGCAGAAAUAGAAAAUGGAAUUAGAUGUAGCUGUGAUUAAAUGAAGUAUAAACGGUCCCGAUUUAUCCCGGGAUGUAGUUGACGUCAAACAUUAAUAAUCUGCCCGCAAUGUGUCUGGCUUGAAUCUGCCGGCAAGUUGCUGGCGUUUUUCUUUCGAAAGGUUUGAAUGACGCGCGGGACGCUCUGCACGGAGAACGAAGGGUUAAAUUCCCCGUCGAAUAAGCGAUAGAAGGAAAUGACGCGCCGUUCCUAUCGAUAACGCAAUGUCUUGUACCUCAUCCCGUAAAUUUCGCAAGUUGGAAUGCCCUACGCGAGACGAGAGUCCGACGAGGUCGGAGAUUCAGCUGCGUCUCGGCACUUCGCUGGCGCAGGUUCUCCUCGACUACAGCCAUCCGGAGGCCGUGAAGCUGUUGGAUUCGAUACCCGCCAAAUUGUCACGGGAAUCAUGUUGCGUCUCGUGUUGCGCCUCGCGGAACAGUCAAUCGAAGGCGGACGCGACGGGAUCGUGGGCGGGAAAGCAUGAAAUUGUCAGAACGGAUCUACAUAGCGACAUUCUAGCACUGGGCGAAGAGGAGAUGAAGAAGUUUCAAAUGGAGGUCGAAGCGACGACGCAGAAGAGACUGAGGGACGAAUUUGCAGAUGAAUGUCGUAAGCUCGAAGCUGAAAAGAGAUUUACCAUCGGACGCAACGCGGAGGAGCUUCAUGCCAGAUACGAGGAAUUUUUCAAGUCUGCUCAAGAAGAGUUAAAGGAGAAAUUGCAGAUCGAGUUGGCGGACACGAGCGCGAUACGCGAUAAGGAACUGCAAAAAGCCGUUGUAAAAGCGCGAAUUGAUACGACGCACGAUGUGCUGAGAAAAAUACGGCCUCAGGUGAACUGGGUCGUUACGUCUCUCUGUAAUGAGUUCGAGCAAAUUCGUCGCGCAGAGAGAGAAAAGACAAUUGCUGAUUUUAAUAAGAUCAUAAGGAAACAGCAUCUCGAAUUGGACGCGAGAAUCAGGGAAAUUGAGAGGGAGAAGAUAGAAGAGUUGCAUAUCCAACGUCGUGAACUCUACGUCCAGAAUGCUAUGAAUAUUAUUUUCACUUUUUGCAUGGAAAGAUUACGCAGCAAUUCGCAGUUGCAAACGAUGCAUAAACAUUUUGAGGAAAAAAUAGAGUCCUUGCAAGAAUUUAUUGCUAAACAAGAACAAUCUAUAAAUACAAUGAAGAAAAAGAAUACAAACUAUCGCAAUAGGAAUAAAGUACUUCAAGAAAAAAUCGAUGCUCUUACUAAGGAAUUUCAAAAAUUUAUAAAUUUUGCGUUUAAUGCUUUACCAGAGCAUGCUGACUUUUUAUUGCCGUCAGAUCUACUUUCUGUAAAUAGCACACAUAAAGAGGACUGCAAGCAAGAAAAGAAGCGAUAAGUAAAUUAAGAACAAGAAAAAAUAUCUAUUUGAAUAAAAGAUUAUACAUUGUAACAGAUAAAAUAAGACUAUCAGAAUGAAUAAAUACUGAUACAGAUUUGCUGAAAUGUGUCAAAAA